CGGGUGCGGGUGCGGGCGGGGAGCGGGGCCGCCCGCAUCUCUGUGGCGGCGCGGGGCGGGGGGGAAUUCACAGGAGAGCGCUCCCGCCCCAAGUGACGGGUCCCUUGGAGACACCUCUCUCCAUGGCAACCUAAUCGCUUCCUGUGCGGAUCCUGACUAGGAGAUCCUGAAAAUAAGCAGCGAGGCGGGCGGGCGUGCAGACAGCGGCGGCGGGCGGCGCAGGGCAGGGGCAGGGGCACGGGCGGCUCCCUCGGGCUCGGGGCGCCCUGCGGCGGGCGGGCAGCGGGUUAACGCAGCCAGCGAGACACGGAGACGGAGACGGAGACGGCGGCGGAGGGGAGCGGGGCCGCGCCGGCCGCCUGCUCCGACCGCCCGCCCCCGCCGUCCCGGCCAGGAGAGGCACCGGCCGCAGCACCGCCGCCACCAGCAGCCGCCGCCGCUGCAGCCGGGUGCCCCCCGCGCCGCCCGCCGCCAAGUGAAGAACAUGAGACGAGAUCAUUUCUGAAGAAGAACCCUUUGCCUCUGAGAUGGAGUCUAGUGCCUGUGUGAUGCUUCCUCUGGUUUCCUGCCUCCGCUCACUGCAACUCUGGCCUCUCCUGCUCCUGGCCUCAGCAUUCUCUCCACACAGUGUUUGGUCUCUUCGGUCCCGGAAUCCCCUGGCUGCUCGGCCACUUUGUGCCCGUCGCAGUUCCUCAGCUUCCAGGCCCGUUUGCAUCUGGGACAGGAUCUCGCCACCAGAGAGAGAUUCCCGUUUCAUCUCAUUGCGCCAGCGAUCUCUGACCCCGCAAGGGGCAGAUCUGCGUCAUGUGGUGCGGCUGAGGCGCCAGGCCCAUGGGGCCCGUCCUGCCACGCCCUCUGGGUUUGAGGAUGGGCUACCCUCAUCCCAGUACCCCUGGGCUAUUGUCUGGGGCCCCACAGUAUCAGACGAGGAUGGAGGUGACACCAACUCAGCUAACCCAGGCUUCCCACACCUGAGUUACACCUUUGUUUCACCACAUGGGAUGGCAACAGUGCAACCAAACUCCCACUCGCUCCUGCACAAUGCAGGCCUCAAUCUGCGUGACACCCCAGCCACUCUGCGGCCCUUUUUGUUUGGGCCGCGGGGGGAAGGUGUGGAUCCUCAGCUGUACGUGACUAUCACAAUCUCUAUCAUUAUUGUUCUUGUUGCUACUGGGAUAAUAUUCAAGUUCUGUUGGGACCGUAAUCAGAAGCGUCGUCGUCACUCUGGUCAGCAGAGUGAGAUACGGCAGCCAGAGAGUCAGCAGCCACUCACAGACCUGUCACCUGCCACAGUCAGCAUCCUUGGGCCCUAUGGAGACACUCUGUCCCCUGCCUCUGAGACGGAGGUACUCAGGCAGGUCCAGGAGGGUACAGAGAAACUGGGGGGCCAGGGGAAGAGCAGUGCCUUCCAGCUCAAUCGAAUCCCACUGGUGAACCUGUGACAACAUUGGAGAGCAGCAGAGCUGGCUCCCCCAACUACUCCUGUCCUAUCCAGGGAGUACGCAUUUCUGCUGCCUCUGCUAUAGUGGGAACAAACUCCCUUGUGCCACGGCCCUCUAUCAUCAUCUCUGACUUUGCCAAAACACGAUGUACUGGGCAACAGACAGUCUGGGCCUUGUUGGUCUCUCGAUGGGGACAAGAAUAGGGGGUAACCCCCAGGAUGGGAUGACAAGAGAGCAGAACCCAGGAGACAAGAUCUUUUGGUGUUGUGAAAUAUUAACCCCCUCUGGCCCUCUCCCAACACACUCACGCACUUUGAUCCCUGUGAAUAACCCACCAGUGCAUGUCUGACAUGGGGGUGGGGGAGGUGGAGAGGCAGGGGUACUACCCCCAUCCCCACAGGCUCAGUCCCUCAGUGUGUCCCUUCUCCUUCUGUCAGUGUGCUUUAAUGUGUCUUCUGAACAGCUGGAGCUCUGUCACCAUGGAAUUCCCUGCCUGGGCAGGGAUGGAUACAGGCUGGCAGGCAUGGAGGCUGGGGGAGGGUGGUUGGGUGUGUGUGUGUGGGGAGGGCUUGUCUCUCUUCAUUGUCUUGACCUCUCCAUGAUGGUUCUAGGAGCUGGAAGCAGAGCCUGCUGGUGUGAGGGGAAAGAGCUCACUCUUCCUCCUAGCUCCUGUUUCUUGGAGAGAGUCUUGCUGCUCCCUCUGUUUUUCAAAUCUUUCCGUUCUCUCUCCCAAUGCACAUCUGCUCUGAUGCUCCUGUCUCUUCCUCUGUCACCCAACACUGUCCUCUCAGUUUUUCUUUCUCUUCCCAUUCUUCCUCCCUUUCCCUCUCUUUCCAGUUAUGUCAGAAGAAUACUUUUCAUUCUAGCCUGUUUCUAGUCACUCUGAUCUUUUGUAAACCUCCCUCAUCCUGGUUUUGCCUCUGCUCCCAGGUGAUUUCAGCAAGUGUGAAGCAAAACACUCUGGCUAUUUUGCGUUUCAGGAAGUGUGAAAAAGAAUCUGGAAUGGGUCCUUUAAAGGCAGAGCUACUGCCAAAGCAGCUGAAGGGGGAAGCCUGGCCUUGGCUGGGCUUGUAGGGGUGGAAGUGCCUUGAGCAGAGCUCUCUGUCAGGGCCUGGGGGCCCAACAGGUAAGUGAAGAAAGGGUAGAAGGUGUUUUCAUCAGAGGCACUGGGAGAUUGACCCUAUAUGAGGUAGGCAGGAGAUGGCACCUACCCUGUCUGUUAGAAAAGGGAGCCAUUCAGAGCCUUCACCAAGGAACUUUUUGAGGAGUAUUCUGCAUUACUCAGUUACUUGUGGAAUGCUCCUGGCUCCACUCUGGCCAUGAAAUCAGCACAUCAGACGGUGCUUGCCAGAGUUGAGAGGAUCAAGGUGUGACUGCAGCACAGCCUGUGCACUUGAACCAGCUUUCAUCCAGCUUGCAUGGGUACCAAUAGGUGUGAAGAUGCAGUGUGGAUCAGCUGUUUGAGCACUGUAUGUCUCAUGGUCAUGGUCUCAGCACACGGUCUGUGCUGAGAAGCCAUGGCAUUUACAGCUUUGCUGCUGAUGUUGCACAUUAGGCAGAUUAAAGCUAGUUUAGGUGUCUUCAACUGCAGUGCACAUCUCCCCAACAACAGAGAUGGAAAUGGGAAAGGCACAGAUGGUCAGAGGAGGCCAAGUGCCUAGGAUAUAAAGACCCAGGGCAAAAUUCUACAGAGCCUAUUAUGCCUCUAAGUAGCAUUUAUCCAUCUAAGGCCCAGACAGAUUCCAUGCUGCCUCCCAGACACUGAUACCUGUUAUGCAGAUUUUCAUCACAUUCCCCUAUCUGCGUAGCUGGGCUGGGGUGACUGGGAUGUAUCUAUCUAACUUUGCAUCUGCCUGGGAAAGAGCAUAUAUUCCAUGUACAUUCCCAAAACAAAGUGGGGAGAGGAGAGCAGAUAGGAGAUGUACCCACCUUUUAGCUGAAUAGCUGAGUUGUUAGGGCAUUUGCCCAGGAAGCAAGAGUUGGAGUACAAUAUGACUAAGUCUUAGACAUCUAGGUUCUACUAAGAGGCAUAACAGGCAAAGUAGACUUUUCUCCUCUGUUUUUAGCGACAAGAAGAGCAUAUGUUUACAGGAAGAGAGCUUUUACCAUCUAUUUCACUGUAAAGUGGAGACAAAGCUUUGCCAUCAUAUAGCUGGUUCAAGGAAAACUGUGGGGAUGGUUAUAGCAUUGAUCUUGCCUACCUUCCUUGUGUAAAAUACUGCCUAAGGCAAGUCUCCACCAGAAUUUUACUGUAAGACAGCAGAACAUUUGUGAAAAACACACAGUCAUACACCUCUACGCCUUUUUGGCAGUGAAUGCAUAGCCAAAGAGCGAAGAAUAUAGAGCACAGACACUCAAUAGAUAAAAUACAGGAGCAGCAAAAGAUCUGGUCCUGCCUAUCCACUUAGUUGCACAAGGUGAUUUACUAGAUCAUCUGAAGCUUUGCUUUUGGCUCCACUGACCUUUGUCUCAAAAGUUAAGGUCUCCAGAGCUAUCUGGAUUCCCCAAUAGAUACUAUUGCCUUAUUUUAUUGUCUCAUGAAAUGGCCAUUCAGAUAGAACCGCUCCACAAGGUAGAAUGGGAAACAGACCAAAAGGUCUCAUGUGUUUACCUUGUGUGACUCACCAAUAAGACUAUUUACAUGAAAAGUAAUCUGUAAUGAGCUUUAUAAAAACUGAGAACAGCAGAAAUUAGAAAAAAAGUAUUAAGUAAAAGUAUAGGUUUAUUAUUUUGUAAAACUAGGUUGAGCUCUGACCAUGAACUGUUUUGUUGGUUUUUUUUUUUUUUAUUUUGGAUCCAUUUCAGGCCUGCUUAUAUAAGAAAAGUUUAAUUGGUUUAACUAUAUCAGUUUACAAUGUAAUCACUUAAGCUGGGCUUAACCUUUGCUUAAAUUAGUUUUGUUUGCAUAGAUAAAUUAUUAAAUUAAGCCACAUGCAUUUAUAUUAGAGGGGUUUUUAACCAAAUCAAUUAGAUUGCUCUAAAAUCAAUUUAAUCCAAUCAAUUCAACUUUUUAAGUAAAGACACGACCUGAUUUUAGGCUCUCACAGCCUUAGUCCAUUCACCAAAUGAACCUGGAAUGUCUGUUCUGCCUUUCCAUUUCCUGCAAGAUAGAAGCCACAUAAGAAAGUUGAUGGCAUGCAUUAGACUUGCACUAGUGACUGAGAUAGGGGUGUCCCAAGUUCAGCUGAAAAGAACUUCCUAAACUUGUCAAGCCAAAUAAUCUUCAAUACUUUGUUUUCCUUUAUUUUUCUUUUCUUUUUAUUAACACCAACCAGACAAAUCUAGGAAUUUAAAUGCAAAAGCAUUGUAGUAGUAAGGGCGCAGUGGUAAGGCUGCCCAAGGAUUCCAAAAAUCAGGACAUGCAGAAGAGAAGGCACCUGUGGCAGCAAAUCCAAUAUAUUACACACAUGGUAUGUUUUUAGUCCAUUUUUUAUAUUUAAAUAUUUAGUUAAAUAUGUUUCUAUAAGUGCCAUUAACUGUCUCACGUGAAACCACCAGGAUGUGCCACACAAUGUGAAUUUAUAAUUGAUACAUGUUUUUGACUUGAGCAGAACAAUCCUAAAACAUUAUGUCAACAAAAACUGCUUGCAUUUACUAAAUAAUCUCAUCGGGCCUAAUUCUUCCCUGCCUAAAACCUUCUGAAAAUCAUUUGGCAGGGGAAGGGUAAAACACUCCAACAUCAUUUUUCUGAAACAGGGGGGACAGGCCAGCUGUCUCUCCUUCUGUUUCUGGAUCUAGCAGGUUCCUGCUUCUCGCAGACAAGCUGACGAGAGCUGGGCAAUUUAUUUUCCCAACAAAUAGUUUAUUCACCAAAAAUGUAGCUUGGGGUCACCUGAAACUAUCUGCUAAAUCAGGGUGAAUUUGGCAAAUUGUGUUUUGAAAAUGUGGAAUCGUUCCAGUUUUUCAGCUACAUUCACAAGGCAUUUUAGGUGCUGUUUACAAAAUGGAGGAGAAGGUCAUCCUCUCAUGUUCUACAACUAGGACACUCAUCUGGGGCUUGGCAUACUGAGAUGAGAGAUCUCCUUUCUGGGUAAUUCAGAGUAGGAACUUGCCCUAACCACAAGGUGCAAGAUAUUCUGGAGUGACUUUCAUUCUCUCCUGUGAGAGCUAUUUGAACUUGUCAUUAAAUGUUCACUUAAGCAGUUAGGUACCCCAACCACUGGGUUAGAGUUGAUCUCACAUUCUUUCUCCUGCUUAGUGAAUAUUUAAGUGAGAGAAUGUGAACCCAGAUCCCCCAGACCCUGCUGAGAGCCUCAGCCACACAUGGUAUAAGAGGAAAACUGCCUUCACCUCUGUGGCACCUGCCUCACUUCUGAGCGUAGGCCUUUGUUUCCAGAUUUUCUUUUUUUCCUUUAUUUAAAAUGCCUGGAAACAAAACCUGAUGUGUUUGGUUCUCCAGAAAUUCUGGAAACAUGUUACUGUUAGGUGAGGCUAGACUGAAACUUUGGUUUGUUUGUUUUUUUUUCUGUUCUGCAACCAAACCAAAAAAACAAUUAUUGGCACAGCUCUAGAGUCAAGCCUUUCACAACAAAGCCUCUGGGCCAGAUCUCUUGUCACAUCCAAACCAGUAUUCCACUGUAGCCCCAACCCUGUUCUAGGCUGGAGGGUUGGGAAAUAGGGGAAAACACACCAACUUCUCUUACCACCUGCUUGUCCCCUUCCCCCUGCUCUCAUUUAAUCUCACCCUGUGAUUUCCAUCUCUACACUCCCAACCUAUAUCAUUGUCUAAGUCCCUGUCUGCUCUCCUGCUGUUUCAUUAUCCUCAUUCUUUUCUUAUCCUCUGACUUGUUCUGCUUCUCCCCCAUCCAGUCCUCUCUGUCCUUCCCUUUCUGCCUCCUCCCUUAAUCUCACUCUCUCUCCCUCCCCCACCCUUGUGCGCUGUGAUAUAUAUUUUUGUAGGAUUCUCUUCUUGUGGUGAAAUAUUCAAUUCUUGUGGGAUGUAAGUUUCAACAUUUUUAAAUAAACCUUUGCAAAAUACUGAAAACAAAA